AGAGCCAAUACCAGCAAAAGAGGACACCGCAUCGAGUGUAGCCAGCCAAGACCGCAGUUAGUUAUCAAAACGUCGCCAAAUCAACAGCACAGUUGUCGGUGUCCGUCAUGGUUUUGUGAAACGUUCCUCAUUUCACGCCGUUUUCAAAAUUAAUUUCCGUAAAAAAUCAGAGGUUAAACCGAGAUCCAUGGAAUAUUCCGCGCCCUGUGGGUUGACGAUCGGUCGCGAUGCUAUUCUGACCUAUAUUUGAAUUCGUGGCUGCCAAGUAGCUCUCGAUGGAACACGCACAGUGUCGAGUGAAGCAUCCUACGAUCCAGCCGUUGACUCUAGCAUUGAGAUAUCGUUCGCACGUCUUCGUUGCCGGUUUGCUGUCACGUGCCAGGUAGCGGCUACCUGUUGCUACCUUGUAACACAUCGAAAAAUGUGCACGUCCAGCACCGAGCGCGUCUGCGUGUAUCAAAUCAGACAAUUUUGGAGGCGAAAAUGGGGCGUUCUGUUCGGUCUACUAACCAUAGCCGUGUGCGUUGUCUUGAUGGUCCAAUUGUCAGUGAACGAGCAGGAGAGAGUGAGUCAUGACACGUCCCUGGAUAGUGAGACGAAUGAUGUGUACGAGAGUGUUUUGAACACAUGGUACAACUUCACCGACGGCGCUCCCUGGUUCAAUGGAAAGAAGCUAUCUCGUGAUUCACCGGAAUGGGGACGUUACAUGCGGGAUCUCCGGCGAGAUUGGAUACUUUGGAAGUAUGAUUCGAAUAAAUCGUACAACCUCGCGGAACCGGAAAUCAAAGAUCAAUCGAUGGGCCAGGCGGAAGAGAUUCGAAAAAUCCUCAAAGAUAAGGUAAAUGGAUUCUUCGUGGAGUGCGGAGCCUACGACGGCGAAACACGGAGUAACACGUUGGUUUUGGAGCGAUACCUCGGCUGGACAGGUCUGCUGGUCGAAGCCGAUCCCUUGAACUUCAGCAAAAUGUUGUUGAAGAAUAGGAAAGCUUACCUGACGCCCACUUGCCUCGCAAUACGGCCGUAUCCCUCGGUGAGUUCGUUCCUGAUGGCAAAGAACGUGGGUCGUCUUCACGAGCCUAACGCAACAGACAGUCAUCUGCCAAACUCGCCGGACGUGGCCUAUAGCGGUGUGCAUCUCUCGGUGCAGUGCAUUCCUUUCAUAGAUCACAUGAUGGCCCUAAAUGUCACCACCGUAAAUUAUUUCAGCCUUGACAUCGAGGGCAACGAGUUGCAAGUGCUAAAAACUAUUCCUUUCGAAAAUAUAAACAUCGAGACACUAUCGGUGGAGUUCUCGCACGUCGCAAGCGGGAAGAAAGAAUUGAUUAGCUUCAUGAAGACGAAGGGCUACGACGUUUUCAGCUCUGUCGUGAGAACCGAUAAACUAGCUCACGAUAUAAUAUUCGUGAAACACAAUUUAGGCUCUAUUGUUCAUUAGUGCGAUAAAUAUAUUUAUUUAUUAGUUCUUACGUCUGCUUUCUCACAGAGUCAUUCCUAUACUAGAUAUUCCAACACUGUAAUAAAGUCCCAAACUUGUUUUAGAAAUUCAUUUCUAUUGCAACAAUUUGCGUAAGUUGAAUUUCUUUAGGAUCCUUGAAUUUCCGUAGUUUUGGAGUAACUUGACAUAAAUUUUAGGCUGUGCGACUUUUGUGUAAGAUAGAAAUUUUAAUAUUGUUUCAUUCUUUCUUGCAUUUCAUCUACUCAUUUCUCUCAUAAAUGUAUAAAAUCCGUGGUCUAUACAUUUCUUUGACUUUGCCCGAUUAUACGACUGUCGUCGCGUUAGUUUUGGAGGGAUGUUAUUUGGUGGUGUGUUAAUAGUAAUAAUUUUAUUUUACAAAAUAUUUACAAGGAACAUACAUUUCGCAUAACAAAAUAAAGUGUUUCUCUGUAGGUACUCCAUAGGACUCCGCGUGUCGGCGUAACGCGUCUAAACGAAAAUAAAUAUCUUGCAAACAAUUAGGAACGAAUGGAGCCCGUGAGAUAAAUGAUCUCGUAUAAUUCGUGCGAUUCUUUACAAUUCUCUCCAGGCGUUUAAUCCGUCGAUUCGAUUACGGCCCUCCGCAUCGUCUUUAACCGAACAACACGGAGGCGAAUCAUUUGCUGUACAUUCGUUAUUUUUAUUAAGAAAUUUUACAAACUAGUGGAAUGAUUCAAUGUACAAUUAAAGCGACCCGCUACUUAUUGCCACCUGAUGAGCAAUAAAUUUCGAAUACAUUCGACAGCAACGACUGCGAAUCUUUAUGCGAGAAUGAUCUAAAAUGUACAAUGCGAGAGAUGUUUCUUUCGUCGAGUGAAAGAUCUCUCGCGGUAAAAAUAAUGAAUUCUCGUUACAAUAUACACAUCGUUUUGUAUUUUACAAUUGCAUAAAGAUCCGCAGUUCAGCGAUAACAAAAAUAUUCAUUUGCGCCCCGUUCUCACGGUCAUCGAUAAAUAAAUAACAUACUUAAAGCUUUCGGACUAGCCUCGCCGUCUUCGUUCGUCGUUUAUAGAUCAUGGGAAAGGGACAUCGAACGCGUUUAGGUGAUUACAGCUACUUAUUGUAACAACAGCCAUCGGUAGGCGCGAGGAGAGCGUUCAAUUACUAAUUGCUGUUUUUUUCUUUCACGUGUUCGUGCGCGUCCAUUCGCGAGAGGAUUGUUAAUACACUCUCCACGUUGAUACAUUAUUAACGUGUACGAUCGACGCACUUGUGUCGUGCCUUAUAGCAUACAAAUAUAAUAAUAAAAUUGUAUUCACUCUGUUUCCGUCGAUGUUCAAGAAAUAACCCUUUGCGGUCCAAUAUUAAGAUGCACUCUAUCUAGAUAAUCUACGUCGACAUCAUUGUAAUGCAACUACUCUGCCAUACUUCGUGUCCUGAAAUUCGCAAUUCGAUCGUAGAUACCAAUUUUGACAGUGGAUAACACAAACCGAUGUAUUUAAUAUUAAUAAAUUAUACUCGAUGUUAAAUAAUAAAAAUAUAAGAAAAUGA